CAUAAUGGCACAUACGUAUCUAAGGCUCGGUGAGAACAGCGCUCACUAACUAGUGCCUUCAUAGUCUUGACGCGCAUCUACGGCCAACAACGAUAAAAGACGCCACGAUGCAGCAGUUGAUCGUCGCGCCGCUGCUUUUGCUGCUGUUGCUGCUGGGCUGCACGCUAGUCCGGGAGGCGGCGGUGGAAGCGUCCCGGUCCCCGACCGCCGCGGUCAGAGCUUCGCCCUGCCUGGCCCCGCUACAGUGGGAGGGGAGGUGGGUCGUGUACGACCACGGUACCGGCAGGAACAACCGGGCCGCGGUGUCCUACGACGGACAGAACCACAGACUGCGGGUUCUGCAGCAGCACAAGAAGCACACGCCGUGUCAGAGGUACUUUGAGUUCAUCUACUUGUACGAGAGCAUGGUGAUGUUCCAGAUUGACCAGAAGACUCAAGAAUGUGCCAAGGUGGAGCUGAGUGAGGCCUGGGACCCCUUCGACAUCCCCGACAACUCCACCUUUGAGGACCAGUACAUCAUCGGCGGGCCCGGGGACAACGUCGAGGUGCAGGAGUGGUCGGACAGGAAGCCCGCACGCAAACAUGAGACAUGGGUGGGCGUGUACACGCUGCGCGACUGCUACCCGGUUCAGGAGACGUACAUCAAGAACAGCAGCGUGACCACUUCUACGCGAUUCUUCAACCUGCAGCUGGGCAUCAGCGACCCCGACGUCUUCACGCCGCCGCCCAGCUGCCAGGCGUCCAAAUCCCGCAGGAUGGCCCAGACGCUCUGCUGAGCCGCUCCUCGGCUGCUCAUCACAUCCCGAUCAGGCAUCGGGAAGUGACAGUGAAACUGUUUUUUUUUCUUUUCGCUUUUUAGUUCAUAAAAUCAGACCUAAACUAGAGGAGCAUGACUUUCGAGUAAUUUGUGUCCUAGUUUGAGUUUAGUUUUUGACUAGUAUUCAUUCAUGUAAACAUAAUUCAAUAUGACGAUAUUGAGCACAAUCUUCAUAUAGUGUGAUGAUAAUAAAGCAGAUUAUUCAUACAAAA